UGAUAAGAAAACCUGACAGAUAAGGAGGAGGAGGAGAAAAGAGGAGGUCCCUGAGAGAGAGUAAGAGGGGGAUUGUAACAGAGGAGAGUCUGUCCAUCCCUCCAUUCUUCUUGUUCUCACUCAACCUGAGAGAGACCUUCUUCUGCUGCUCUGGACUUCACUGCUCUCGUCCACUUUGGGACCUUAAAGUCAAGUUUCACGUUUCUCUAUGUGUUUUGAUUUAACACGUUCAGACCGGAAAAAGGCUUUUUUUGUCCAAACUUGAUCGCCCUCUGUUCUCCAGGCAGCAGAUCUGGAGGCUGCUGCCUUGCUCGAGGGCCCCUCAGCAGUCACAGGGGGCUGAUCUGGAUUCAAACAGGACUCUCACAGGAGAACAACAACAGUGGGACGUCUGACAUGGAUUUGAUGGAUUUGAACCCCUGAGGCUGAACCCUGGAAAUGGAAGGUGGUGGUGUGAGAGGGGAUGUGACUCAUCAUGCUGUGCCAUGCUGAGAGGGAGGCCAGCUCUCGGGAUCCUGUGCUUUGUCAGUUUUCUGUCCCUGAAAACACAAGCAGCCCACAGACGCUGCACUAAGGACAUCAUCAUACGGGUCCAGACGCUCAUCAACAAAGCCCCCGAUGUGAGGCUGACAGACAUUCGACUCUACACCCCGACCAUUGAAGAUUUCCAGAAAUGCCCUAGCUCGACCUUGAAGUGUUAUGCAGAGGAAAUCAAAGUCCUCUGUGUCGAGCUGAAAACCGUCAAAAACUUCAAACUUAACGUCAAGCUGGAAAAACUGGCAACGUUUUUUAACCAGACGGAGGCAGCCUGUCGUCAGUGUGAGAUCUUCACGAAACAAAACGCAGCAACGUUCCUGGAUCAUCUGCAGUCUGCUCUCCAGAUGAUGAACCAGCAGUUCUGUGAAAGAGUUCAGAGCUCUGAGAAUAAAGAGACGCCAUUACCAUGAGCUCGAAUAAAGUGUGCCUUUUUCCAAAAUGGAUUAAAUUAAAUUCUGCACAUAUGAACGAGGCCAUAAGGAGACCUGGGAGACAGGAAGCUAUCGAGGAACAGAUCUGAGGAAAGGUACAGAAACAUCUCGCAGCACUGAAGGUCCCAAUGAGCAAAGUGGCUUCAUCACCUGUUAAUGGAAGAAGUUUGGAACCACCAGGACUCUUCUUAGAGCCGGCCGCCUGGCCAAACUGAGCGAUCGGGGGGGAAGGGCCUUAGCCAGGGAGGUGAACAAGAACCCGAUGGUCACUCUGACAGAGCUCCAGCGUUGCACUGUGAAGAGAGGAGAACCUUCCAGAAGGACAACCAUCUCUGCAGCACUCCACCAAUCAGGCCACUCCUCAGUGAAAGGCACCUGAAGGACUGUGACCAUGAGAAACUAAAUGCUCUGGUCUGAUGGAACGAAGAUGAACCCUGUGGCCUGAAUGCCAAGCGUCACGUCUGGAGGAAACUAGGCAGCGCUCAUCACCUGGCCGAUACCAUCCCUCCAGCGAGGCAGGGUGGUGGCAGCAUCAUGCUGUGGGGAGGUUUUUCAGCGGCAGGAACUGGGAGACCAAUCAGGAUCGAGGGGAAGGUGAAUGCAGCAAUGUUCAGAGACAUCCUGGAUGACAACCUGCUGCAGAGCGCUCUGGACCUCAGACUGGGGUGAAGGUUCAUCUCCCAACAGGACAACGACCCCAAGCACACAGCCAAGAUAACAAAGGAGUGGCUUCGGGACAACUCUGUGAAUGUCCUUGAGUGGCCCAGACGUGAACCCGACUGAUCAUCUCUGGAGAGAUCUGGAAAAGGCUGUGCACCGCCGCCCCCCCUCUGAACUGAUGGAGCUAGAGAGGUGCUGCAGGAAGGAUGGAGACACGGCCCAGGAAGAGGCUGUAGCAUCAGGCUCAGAAGACUUGAGGCUGAAGCUGCUGCCAAAGGAGCUUCAGCAAAGUGUUAAGCAAAGGCUGUGAAUACUUAUGUACAUAUUAUAUUUCAUUGUUUAUUUUUAAUAAAUGUGCAACAUUUUACACAAACUUUUUUCA